AUGGCCGUCAACGGCGUGUACGUCGUCUUAGGCGAAGCAAAUACUGUGGUAGCACUGCUGAAUAAAGCACGCAGACAAUAUCAAUUAUCGCAUCAGCCACCUUCUCUUGAGGAUACUGAACCCCUGCUCCGCAAUUUCGCAGAUCUCAAGGAAGUUUUGAAUGAGGUAGCAGAUCUUGGUGAUAUGAACCCUUUAACAUAUUUGUCGCCAUUUCUCGACGUCAUAAAAGCACAAAAUACAAACGGGCCCAUAACGGAAGCGGCAUUGUCAUCAGUUGCAAAGUUUCUUAGCUACGGGCUGAUUGACGCUAGCAGCUGCCAACGCUGUGGAAUCGAUCGCUUACGCAGUGGUUCAUACGAAGUUCUUCCUGUAUGUGAUAUGAUGCAAUCCUGUUUCCGUAUCGUCUUUGAGCAGCAUCUUUCGCCUUUAUUGCGAAAAGCUGCCGAAGCUACGCUCAGUGAUAUGACGCAGUUGAUAUUCACUAGAUUACCGACAUUCCAUGAGGAUGCUAGACAUCCUUAUAUAAGAAAAUUGGUAAGUAUCAAAUUUCGAAUUUUACGUCUGGUGAAUUUUCUCACUCUACAGUCAUUCCGUUUCUUAAGACUUGCUUUUUGUUAUGACUUAGUAUUGACCUCUGAUCCACCUGUUGACAAAGUCACAACUCCUGACCCUACCCUAGAAGAAAGGCGUCUGGAGGAAGAAAAGGCCGAUGAGGCUGAUAGUGAAGGAGAAGACGAUGCGUUGACGAUGAAGGAGGUGGAGAUUCAACUAAAAUGCAGUUCCUUAUUCAGAUUUCUUAUUGCUCUUUCGAAUCCCCUGGAUCGUCAGAAUACGGAAUCAAUGGUGAUUCUAGGAUUGAACUUGUUGACAGUCGCGCUGGAAGCCGCCGCGGAUCACCUGGCGAGCUACUCCUUUCUUGUACCUCUUCUCAAGGAUAAUCUGUGCAGAUCGUUGCUUCAGCUUCUCGACACCGAAAAGCUACCAGUGCUAGCGGCGACGAACAGAGCUUGUUUCUUACUAUUCGAGUCGAUGCGUAGCCAGUUGAAGUUCCAGCUAGAAGCUUAUUUCCACAAACUGAAAGGCAUUGUGCUCAAUGAACAGGUACUGAUGAUUUUUUACGAACAGAAGGAAAUGGCGCUGGAAUCAAUCGUGCAGCUCUGGCGAAUUCCUGGCCUAGUAACUGAGUUGUAUUUAAAUUACGACUGCGAUCUGUACUGCAGCAACGUUUUCGAAGAACUGACCAAACUGUUAGUGGAGAAUGCAUUUCCAAUGUCUGGACUUCAUGCACAUUCGUUGAUCUCUUUGGAUGCGUUACUGGUCGUUAUUGAUAUGAUCGAUCAAAAUUGUUUGUGUCGCCAGGCUGCAUUAAAAGAAGUGAGUGCGGAACAAAGCUACCAACACCACCACGAAGAUUAUUUGCAUGAAAUAAUUUAUUCAGCUGUUGUUGAACCGUUGCCAAAGACCCUACUGCCAAGUGCGAAUCGUCAUGCUCCAUCACAUCGUAUGCCUACAAUGGAACAGGUCAUCGAUCAAAAGAAGAGAAAGCGAAUAUUUGCUGAGGGAACGGAGCUUUUCAAUCAAAGCCCAAAGAAAGGUAUCGAAUAUUUACGUGAAAAGGGACUUCUGGAUGCUGAUGCCAAAAGUGUGGUGAACUGGCUGCGAACAAAUCCACAGCUUGACAAAAAGAAGAUUGCUGAUUAUAUUUGCAGUCGAAAGCAUGCUGAUGUGUUGGAAGCCUUUGUACAAUCAUUUCCAUUCGAGAAUACUCGUUUGGAUGAUGCUCUCCGCAUGUUCCUUGAAACAUUCCGUUUGCCUGGUGAAGCGGCAGAAAUCAGUAUGGUCAUGCAGCAUUUCUCCGAGCAGUGGUAUAAGGCAAACCAUGAGCCAUUCAACCAUGUCGAUGCCGCAUUCACACUUUCUUAUGCCAUAAUAAUGCUGAAUACUGAUCAACAUAAUCCUACUGUUCGUCGUAAUCAGCCUCCAAUGACAGUGGAUUGCUUCAAGAGGAAUCUUUCUGGUACAAAUGGUGGAGCAGAUUUCGAUCCGGAGAUGCUUAUGACUAUGUAUAAUGCCAUAAAAUCGGAGGAAAUCGUGAUGCCUGCUGAACAAACAGGAAUUGUGAAGGAAAAUUAUCUGUGGAAGGUGUUGCUGCGACGUGGGGAAUCUGCCGAAGGGCAUUUCGAGCAUGCCCCAACUGGUUGGAAUGAUCACGAUUUAUUCUCGAUAACAUGGGGUCCAGCAGUGGCAGCAUUGACCUACGUGUUCGAUAAGUCGGAGCAUGACGUCAUAUUACAGAAAGCAUUGAAUGGGUUCCGCAAAUGCGCAUCAAUAGCUGCCCACUAUGGUAUGAAGGACGUAUUCGAUAAUCUAAUAAUUCAUUUGUGCAAGUUUAGCACGUUGACUCUAGAUUUUUUAGGGCACGGCGACGAUAACUUGGAAAUGCAGCGGCAGCGAAGCCUGAAUGAGUUAACGCCAGGUGUACAGCAUGAGCGAAUUGCGGUGUCGUUCGGAGAGAAUCGCAAAGCUCAAAUGGCGACCAAGACGAUGUUCGAAUUGGUGCAUGCUAGUGGUGACAUAUUGAGAGAGGGCUGGCGGAAUCUGCUUGAUUGCUUGCUGCAGCUGUUCCGUGCUCGCCUCCUCCCACCGGAGUUAACCGAAGUAGAUGAUUUUGUUGACGAGAAGGGCUGGGUGUCUGACCCUCAACCGGUUCGUACCGAAUCCGGUCUUCUGUCAUGGUUUGGUCUCGGCGGUGGAGCUAGUGAAGGCGAACGGAAGAAGCUUACACAGGACCAACAGAAUGCCAUUAAGCUUGCUCAGUCAGUUAUUACCGAAUGCCGGCCUUCUCAAUUGUUCACCGACAGCAAGUACUUGACGAGUACGGCGUUGUCGGAACUUCUGAACGCUCUGAUUCAUGCAAGUCAAGCGACAGUGCAGCAGGCGGAUUCGUUGAAGCCGGGAUCCCCUCUCAGUGGAGAAGACGAGGAUGCGUUAGUGUUUUAUUUAGAGCUUAUUGUAACUAUAUGUCUAGAGAAUAAGGAUCGUCUUUCGUUAGUAUGGCCAACGGUUCGUCGACAUCUCGAGUGGUUGCUGUCGGCGCGAUUUGGAAGAAGUCCGCUUCUUGUGGAACGUGCUGUGGUCGGCCUUCUGCGUAUAGCUAACAGAAAUCUAUUCCGAGACAAUACGAUAGCAGAUGAUGUACUUCAAUCGUUGUCAUUGCUUUUGGUACGUGCCGUCUCGUUGAACCAAAGCCGUGAAUGGAUUCAUUUGGACCAUCGAGAUGCUCGUCGUGCUACGGAGGAUGCUCUGAGAUCGUUAGGUGGAAAUGCCGCUCGAGCCUGUGGUUUCUCCCGUGGUUCGCUGGUACUGCGAACUAACCUCGGUAGACAUGAACCGGCGUCUUUUCUGAAGGUUUGCGAUACACUGUCCUUCCUGCUCCGUGAUGCCGUCCAUGUGACACCUGACAACUUCGAGUCGUGUGUGGCGUGUCUGCGAACGAUGGUCGAAGCGAGUCUGGAUGGCGGAAGGUAUGCCGCUGGCCCAUUGAGCGGAGAUGCGCAAAAUCGACUCCGUAGUCAUAUUGAUGACCGAAUGAAGAGAACGAAGGCAGCAAAACCGGGGAAGAAAGACCUCUCAACGGAUGUGGGUGUUGACGACAGUGAGAUUCGCCGGGAGGAACAGCAGCUAACGGCUAGUUACCAGCAGGUCUCACUUCAACUGCUUGAUCUGUGCUCGACGCUUCAUAGCUUAGCACCUGGUAUUCUAGCCCACUGGGCAGAAUCACAACCUGAAGUCGACGCGUCCAUACCGCACAUAUGGUGCACUGUAUGGCGGCCGCUCUUGCAAGCAAUUGCCAGACUGGGAUGCGAUUGUCGCCGACUGGUCAGAGCGGCUGCGUUAACACAUUUGCAGGUGCUUUUCCCAUUACUGGGCAAACUUCUAGACGUUUUCUCAGCCAUGGAUCCUAUUGGCAUGGAAGAUACACGAGUACGAGCGAUGCAGAUCGUGGCAAAAACAUUGCUAAAUCACCUGACUGCUCUUUCCACAUUGCCAUCAUUCCCAAGUUUGUGGUUGCGAUUGCUAGAUUUUAUGGAAAGUUACUUGCGUAUAGACAGUUGUGGGAAUCUGAAUGAGGCUGUCCCAGAAUCACUGAAGAACAUGUUACUGGUAAUGGCAAGCACUGGACUAUUUGCUUCCGUGCCAGGACUGCACCAGAUGACCGUUGAUAGGAUGGGUAACGUGUUACCUCAAUUGAUCCGUGACACCCUUCCAGAAGCUCCACCUCCAGUGGCACCGUGA